AAGUAAACCGAAGACUACGGAAGCGCUCGGUAUAAACACUCAAACAGAAAAAAUGCUAAUCGCCCAUUUGGUUGCAUAAAAUAAACACGCAACUUGUGUGGUGAAUCGGUAAACUUAGUUACGCUAAAAGUGCAACGACUAAAGAGUGUGAAAAUGUUUGCAAGGACCACAGCAGAGUACGUGGAGGAAGAGGACCAUAGUCGUAGACGACUGGAAGAUCUUUGGCUGCAGCCAUAUGUUGUGUUACGCAGAAUUGAAAUUAGUGAAGCUAUUCGUCCUAAGCAGCAGGAGCCAGAGCGGCCUUGUAUUAAAGAGGAAGAGCCAGCGCGGCCUUGUAUUAAAGUGGAAGAUGUGGCCAAAGAGGUCCACCACUUGAAUGAACAAAUGGUGCAGACGUUUCUUUGCACUGUUAAAGAGGAGGAAGAGCCAGAGCGGGCUUGUAUUAAAGAGGAAGAUGUGGGCAAAGCGGUCCACCACUUGAAAGAACAAAUGGUGCAGACGUUUCUUUGCACCAUAAAAGAGGACGAAGAGCCGGAGCGGCCUUGUAUUAAAGAGGAGGGAGAAGACUCCUAUGACAUUAAAGAGGAGGAGGAUACUUUCAAUAUGUCAUCAACCGGAGUUCCUGUAAACAGUUUAGAUGAGGGUCAACAGGAGAUAAGCAAAAGGGCGGAGCCCCCAAGCUGCAACUCAAGUCAACAAAUGACCAGAGAAGGUGAUGGAGACCACUGUGGAGGAUCACAAGUAGCUCCACCAUCAGAUAGUGAUGCCGUGACGAAAAACUAUUCCUGCUCAGAUUGUGGCCGAAGAUUUUCUCAAAGGGGAAGUUUAAAAAUGCACACAAGAACCCACACUGGUGAGAAACCUUUUUCAUGCUCAGUUUGUGGCCAAAAAUUUACUCAAAGUGGAAGUUUAAAAUGCCACACAAGAAUCCACACUGGUGAGAAACCUUUUUCAUGCUCAGUUUGUGGCCAAAAAUUCAGUCAGAAGGGAACUCUAACAAUUCAUACAAGAAUCCACACUGGCGAGAAACCUUUUUCAUGCUCAGUUUGUGGCCAAAAAUUCUCUUGUGGGAGUCGUUUAAAAAGGCACAUGAGAAUUCACACUGGAGAGAAACCUUUUUCAUGCUCAGAUUGUGGCCAUAUAUUCUCCCAGGGCACAAAUUUAAAAAAGCACACAAGAAUCCACACUGGUGAGAAACCUUUCCCAUGCUCAGUUUGUGGUAAAAAAUUUGGUCAUAAGGAAGCUUUAACCAAGCACACAAGAAUGCACACCGGCGAGAAACCUUUUUCAUGCUCAGUUUGUGGCAAAAGAUUGAGGCAUAAGAGAAAUCUCGACAGGCACACAAGAAUCCACACUGGCGAGAAACCUUUUUCAUGCUCAGUUUGUGGCAAAAGAUUGAGGCAUAAGAGAAAUCUCGACAGGCACACAAGAAUCCACACUGGCGAGAAACCUUUUUCAUGCUCAAUUUGUGGCAAAAGAUUGAGUCAUAAGGAAGAUUUAAACAGGCACACAAGAAUCCACACUGGCGAGAAACCUUUUUCAUGCUCACUUUGUGGCAAAGGAUUUGUAGCGAAGCAAACCUUAAAAAGACAUACAAGAAUCCACACUGGCGAGAACCCUGUCGCCUGCUCAGCCAAAGAGAAUUCCGAGUAUGUUGGGGAGAUGAGCAAUGAUUCGUGAAGUUUUCACCUUUUAUUUGAGCAGACCUCAUAAGUUUUUGCACGAAUGGCAAUUCUAUGUAUCUUUUGAUUGGGAUGCUAAACUCCUUUCCUUCACCACAGUGAGACGUUCAUAUUUUAGUUGUAAUAAAUUGGAGAAUAUAUUAGUUAACCGGCCUCUGGAUGAGAAUAGUUUUGUAUUUUUCAUUAUACUUGAUGUUUAUUUUGUUUAUAGUUGUGAAUUUUAACCGUAAUUAUUUCAAAUUCAUAUUCAGGGCAAGUUGCUUAGUUUCUAUUCAUGUUUAGGGGGUUGUUUUGUUCAGAUUUUCAUGUUCAUGUCAAGGUUUUUGCCCCUAUAUUUGUUUUGCAGUGAAACUAGAUGAAGCGAUUUGUGUAGAAAUGCUGAAUGACGAAAUGUGGAAUGUUUUGGCUCAUGAAAUAAAAUGAGAGUGAAUUA